CGCAUCACUCCAAGUUUCCUUCUUCCUUCUUCCGCGCCGUCGGUUACCGGCAACAAUCAAUUUCCCACAAUCCCCCAAUCGUGAUUCCAGAAAUUCCGUUGUUACGAAUACUAUCGAAAUUCGCAAUUUUAUUAUCCUUUGAAACACUCUUUUCUUUUAUUUAUUAUUUGAAAGCCCAAUUAAGUUGCGGCCCAACUUCAAAGGACGGCGAACUACUGAAUCGUGUAGGUAGCACCCAUUCGCGACCAUUUCUCUAACCUAGUUCGUUGGACAUCCUUCGCUUCGGUACCUCAGGUCUGCUGAGACAUACAACCUCGAAUAAACAGCGUCGAAUCCUUGAAUCCAUCGCCUUACCGAAUUCAAAGAAAGGCACAUACAUUUACCCUAUUCUGCGACCGUCCCAAACUCUAUGCACCCACCAUUUGCGAAAAUAGCAAUACCUACGUAUCCUUAUGUACAUGCUUCUUAAACAAAAGCUUUAAAAAAUCGAAGAUACACGCCUAUACUUGCUAGCGAGAGGUACUACAAGACUGAGGCUAUUGACUAGCUGACCCCUAUCGAUCUUAGUCUCAAACCUUCUAUGCUUAGAAGUAAAUAGUCUGACAGGCACUUGAGUCUAAGGUUGCGUCAACUCUGUCAUGUCCACUAAGCCCCCAUUGCCGUCCGCUCCGUCCGCCGUCAGUACCAAUAUGAACCAGCCCUCCGCCGCUUUUGAGUCGGGAGGAUUCCCAAGUAACGGGAACGCAGGAGGAGGCAGUUAUUCGAGGCCUACUUCCGGCAGUUACUUUGCGUACCACCAGCCACAAAGGCCACACGUCGAUGACGAAACUUUGUCUAACACAUUGGCUAAUUCCCAUAUUGCACCGCCCCAGAACGAUAACCUUCAAGUCGCAAAUCGCCAGACCAAAUUUAAUGAGGAGUGGGAUGCAAGCGUGAGAGGAAGUUCCAUCAUCGACGGCCCAACUUCUCAGCCAAACCAAUACCAACAAUCCCCGAUGCAGCGCUCUAACUCUAUAUCUUCGCGGCCCGAGGUCAUUACUACUGGUGAUGGCUCGGGCGCGCAUUCUAUAUCGUUAUCGCGGGGAAAUACUCUGAAGAAAAAGAACUCGCUACGUAGGAGUGGUAGUCUUAAGCGCAGUAGUAGUCGCAGGAGCAUGAAGGCCGGUAGUGUGCGAAGCUUAGCUUUGCAAAGCUCUCACGACUCGGACGAGAUUCACAGCGUAUUCUUCUGCCCUGUGCCAACCUCGGGUAGCCCUACAGAAAUAUUAUCCAACAGAUUUCAAGCUUGGCGAAAAAUGCUUAAAGACUUUAUUGCGUAUUUUAGGGAAAUACAAUCGCACUACGAGCACCGAUCGAAGUCGCUUCUUAAGCUCGCUAACGUACUCAACAAUACGUCGACGCCACCCGGAUUUCUUGCGUCUGGCGGGUUGGACGACGCGAUUCAAAUACUCCGGAACUAUCACAAGAAUGCGAUCAUAGAAGCUAAUAAGGCCCGCGAAAUCGAGGAAGACGUUAUUCUAGCAUUAACUGGUCUAAGAAGCGACCUGAACCAAAAGAUCAAGGAGAUCAGAGGCCUGUCGAGCGACUUCAAGAAUUCGGUCGAGAAAGAAAUGGAUGGAACUAGAAGAGCCGUCAAUGCACUCCAGGAAGUCCUGGGGCAGAACGAGUUAGACUCGUCUAUGACCACGGGCAAGCAAGAUCCCUAUCUCUUGCGACUCGCGGUGGAUCGUCAAGUUGAAAGACAACUGGAUGAAGAGAAUUAUUUACAUAAGGCAUAUUUGAACCUCGAGUCUUCAGGUAGAGAGCUGGAGUCUAUCGUCGUGGGCGAGAUUCAAAAGUCCUACAAUGCAUACGUAGGUAUCAUCAAACGAGAGUCGGAUGCAGGUUACAAUGCUAUCGAAGAGCUCCGCGCCGGCCCCAUCGCGAUGCCGAAGGAUCACGAGUGGAUCACUUUUAUCCAAAGAGAUGCGCAAUUUGUUGAUCCUGACGUCCCAUUAAGGUCCGCCGAACAUAUUCACUACCCAGGGCGAGACCACUUCGCUUGCCAAGAGAUCCGUGCGGGUCUACUUGAACGCAAGAGCAAGUACUUAAAGAGCUACACAGCUGGAUGGUAUGUAUUAUCGCCGACGCAUCUGCACGAAUUCAAGUCCGCCGAUAAGACAAUGGCGCCAGUCAUGUCACUGUAUCUCCCCGAACAGAAGCUAGGCUCCCAUUCCGCCGAGGGAGGUUCGUCCAACAAGUUUAUCCUAAAGGGACGACAAACCGGGGCUAUGCACCGCGGUCACACUUGGGUGUUCCGUGCCGAGAGUCACGAUACAAUGAUGGCUUGGUAUGAGGAUAUCAAGGCCCUCACUGAGAAGUCGCCCGAAGAGCUUAGCAAUUUUGUUCGAGGACACGCUCGCACAUAUUCGCGUACUUCGCAGCGCAGCAUUAGUUCGGAUGGUAUGGUGGAUGAAGAAGACGAUGAACCCUUUUCUGUCGACCCGGCAGUCGCUAGCCCCGGCUCCCGACAAGAGCCCCUCCAGAAUAGACCCGAACCCGGUGGACGUUUCCCGUCUGAUCUCCAGGUUAAUGCCCAGAGAGGUUUACAGGUACCACGUUCUCCCAGUAGCGUCGGGUCAGGAUUUGUCGGUAACGAGUAUACGAUGGGUGGCGCGAACAUGAAUAGCAAUCAAGACCGUGACGUUAUCGCGGCUGCAGGCGCGCUCCCCGGCAGCGGUCUCGGUGAGCCUUAUGCAGGGAAUCGGGCAUCGCAGUUGGUUGGUCAAUCCUAUGGAAAUACUCCGAGCGUGAGAAUGGACCAAGCGCACAGUCACGCAGCAAUUAUUGACCAUGAGGCGAAAGCAGAUGGCGUAAAUCCGUAUAAUGCGGAGCCUAUCAUCCCACAGCAGCAACAGCAACCACUGCAGCAGCAGAGGAACCAGCCGAGCCAACCACUAAACGCACCCAUCGUUAUUCCAGGACCGGCGUCAUCUAGCACCCUAGACACUGUUACUAGCCAAGAUUCAGGCAACCCUGGUGCCUUCGAGAUGGCCACAGAUGUACAGCAGAAGUACGCACCGGCCCCCGCCGCAUAUGGUGCGCAAAGGAGGGAACAACCCCAAAGCAAUGGAUACACAAAGCCAUUGCCCGGCGUUGCUACCGGCAUUCCCUUUUCGGGUCAAAAUGGUCAGCCCAGGCCAUACGGUGACAGGACUAACAGCAAUCCCCACGUCCCGGGCGAGUACCCCCGAAGCACACCAGGCGGAACACCCGGGGCUUACUAGGUAUUUUUACUAGCUCUUUUUCGAUUAGAUAUCAAGAUUUCCAUUUUCUCUUAUGCGAACACGACGGUGGCUUUUUGUCUGUUUCUUUCUAAGCAGAGGUAAAGGGGGUUUGAGCUUUCGUUUUGAGCGUCAGACGUUAGGGGUAUACCUUUUCUACUUUCUUCCGCACGGCGUUGGCGUUUUAAAUUUCCCCUUCUUUCCAUAGUACCCCGAAGUAUCAAAGUUCGCCGAAGACAAAAUGGCCAUUUAGGGGAGGCGGUACAGGAAAAGAGAGCUCCCGCUCUGAUUCUUGUGAUAGGAUGGUCUGGAUAGACAGGCAGGCAGGGGAGAAUUAAAUAAAAAUGAUAAUUGUGAUUGAAUGAAUCGGCAGGAUACAUGUGAUUCCGAUUCAGAGUUGUGGAUGUAGAUGUACACUUGCGCUGCUGAGAUGAAUUGGAAAUAUGAAUAUAUUGCAUGGUUUUAAA